AUGGAGAUUGGUACCCGGACCCCAGGCAGCUUCUCAAAGGGCUUCCUGUUCUCAGCCUUGAUCCUGUCUCUCUGGCUGCCCCAAGGCUCCCAGGCAGCCCUCCACAUCCUAAAGACUCCAGAGAAGCCCCAAAUGAACCAGGACCUUCUCAUGUCCCUUCAUGGUGUCCCUGGCACCAUCCAGGACUUUAUCUGGUACCUGGGGGAGGAGACUAAUGGAGGCACAAGGCUGUUCUCUUACAUCCCUGGACUACAGCGGCCCCAGAGGGAUGGCUACGCCAUGGGACAGCGAGACAUUGUUGGCUUCCCCAAUGGUUCCAUGUUGCUGAGACGUGCCCAGCCUUCAGACAGUGGCAUCUACCAAGUGGCCAUCACCGUCAAUCCUGCCUGGACAUUGAAGGCCAAGACUGAGGUCCAGGUGGCUGAUACACGCGAAUACUCACUCACAUCCCACCUGCCUGUCAAUGCUGGGAUCAUGGCUGCCACCAUCACUGGGAGUCUUGCUGUGGGCUCACUGCUUGUAAGUGGCAUUGCCUACCUCCUGGUCACUCGAAGACGGAAGGGCAGGAGCCCCAGGAUUGCAGCUACAGAGCAGCCGGAACUGAACACUAUUCCUGAGUCUGGUGAUAGCAAUGUCUAUGAAGUGAUGCCAUCUCCAGUCUUCCUGGUGUCCCCCAUCAGAGACACAGGGCCAGUGAACCCAGCCAUGAGCCGGCCUCCACUCGCUUCCCAGCAACCGCAGCCUGAGAACCAGUACUACCAGGACCUGCUAAACCCCGACCCAGCCCCUUACUGCCAGCUGGUGCCAACAUCCUGA